AUGUCCUUCAGAAGAAGGGGAGAGAUUGUUAGCGGACGAACCUCUCAGUCAGCUGGAGUCCCCAGACCUGUAAUUCCUAGUGCUGCUUCCACUAGAGGGACUAGUCAAUAUGUCUCCCGAACAGCAUUUGCGGGAGGUACACCCAAGCGGAAUUUAGAAAAUGCUUUUGCUGAUCAUGUCGGCGUGAAGCCAUCGAUUCUUACAUCGCAGCCAUGCAUAUCCACUGGUUCCAGUGACAUUGAUAGCAUACUAGGUCAUCAGGGAUUACCUAUAGGGUCCUCGAUACUGAUUGAAGAAACUGGAACCACAGAUUUCUCAUCUACUUUGUCAAAACUGUUUCUGGCUCAAGGCAUUGUUCACAACCGAAUCAACCCAUCCCAGCCCAACACCCAUGAUAUCGUGGUGGGCUUAGACCAGAAUUGGGCCAAAAGCCUUCCCGGAGUAUACAAGAGGAGUAAAGAAAGGAAAAGAGAAAAGGUGCAGCAGAAUGAGUCCAAAGUUAGUGUCUCCAACAUUGUGAAUCAAACGAAUGAUUUGAAAAUAGCAUGGCGCUACGGGCUGAAUCAAAGAAAAAACGAGAGCGAUGAUGAUACAAUAGAUCAAUAUCCACAUUACAAUAGCCAGUUCGAUAUCACCUCCGUGAUAACAGUCGCUCCUGGACCUCACGAGCUAACCUGUAUUCCUAAUGAUGAUUUGUCAAGAGCAUUAAAACGAAUCGAAGAUAUUGUGAUCAGGCACCCCAACAAAAUAGUCAGAAUUGCAGUGCCGUUGUUUCUAAAUCCUCUAAUUUAUCAAAACGAGAGUAGCGCACCAGAAAUCAUGAGGUUUGCCCAUGGUCUGAAACAGAUACUCAAGAAACAUGCGAAUCAGGUUGCCCUACUUAUGACUAUCAAUCUGGAUUUAUACCCCCGAAACAACCCCCUUAUCGUCUAUAUUGAGCUGCUAUUUGACUCUGUCAUUGAACUGCGUCCAUUUGACCCUCAGCUGCACGAUCUAAUGGAGCGAGUCUACAGAAACCAGCCGGCAAAAAUAAAGCAUGGACACCUGAACGUUUACAAGUUACCUGUUCUGAGCGAGUCUGGCCUCAUGUGCGUCCAAGAAAUGGAAUACAGCUUUAAGAAUGGACGAAGACGCUUCGAGAUUGAAGAGUGGAGUAUUCCUGUCGAGGACGAAGAAAAGAACGAUGACAAGAAGUUGGAGUUUUGA